CGUCAGAUGCGUCUCAACAAAAAUAGUUACCAAGAGAUUUUCAUUAAAAAAAGGUGUAAUUCUAGGUUUCUAUCAUGCGGUUGCUCAUUUAAAACAUUAAUUCUGAUGAUUUCUGUUUGGCUGUGUUUAAAGUAAAGCUGUGUGAUUUGAUAUCUUUGUUAAACGCUAAAGUUUUUUAGCGAUACGCUCAGAUCGGUUGCCGUGUCUCGAGAUGACUUCACGACCGCAGUUAAUCGCAUCGCUUUGAGGUGCAAUGCAGAACGUGGAUGGUCCUUACGAGAGGCUCAUUUUGCUACACCUUCAGCAUUAUGGAUUCAUCUCAGACAAUGGCUCUUCUGUGCAUUCAGGUGUCUCGAGAUGGGAUGGCAACCAAGACUCCACUGCCUCAGACAUUAUCAUCUCGCCAACUGAGAGUAAUGAUUCCAACAUAGAGGAACAGGAGGAACCAAAGUCAUGUCACAACCUUUUCAGUUUAGACAAAGUUCUUAGAACCCGGCAGCUAGUGUUUGACUUUGAUGGUGAGAGGCCUAUUCCACGUCUGAGGGACCCGUUGGACCUUCUGACAAUCCCGUCUACCUCCUGUCCAUUCCAGGGUGUCCGCUGGCCCAUAGAAUGUGAAGUGAUCCGUGACAAAAUCCAGCAUAUAGAAUGGGAUCCAACAGAGCCAGAGCCGUUCUAUGAGUCGACAUGUAAUGAGGAAGCUCCCAUGCCAGCACGGGAGGAGAAAGGAAAUGUAGUUUACUGCAUAGACCCAGCCACAAAAACCUCCUACUUCACCUACUCUCGCGUGGGUGGCAGCAGAGGGACCAUUAAACGUGCCACGUGCUGUGCCAGUCCUCAGGAGGGAUCUAGACUAGUCUUCGAAUCUCGUUUUGAGAGCGGAAACCUUCAGAAAGCGGUGCGAGUUGGUCAGCAUGACUAUGAGCUGACUUUGCGCAGCGAUUUAUACACCACUAAGCACACCCAGUGGUUUUACUUCCGGGUGAGGAACAUGAAGGCGGGCGUCAGCUAUCGUUUCACCGUUAUCAACCUGAUGAAGGCCAGCAGUCUGUAUAGUGCUGGCAUGCGCCCGCUGCUUUACUCCGAACGGGCUGCGUGGAUGAAGGGGGAGGGUUGGAAGCGAGCCGGAACUAACAUCCGGUACUACCCAAACAACACUGAACAAGACGGUAAACCGCUGUACUCCCUCACCUGGACUAUUGAGUUUCCUUAUGACAGUGAUACCUGCUACCUGGCCCACUGCUACCCAUACACAUAUUCAGACCUGCAGCGGUACCUGCGUGAGGUCAUCUCAGACCCUGUCCGUGCGGCUCACUGUAAACUGCGUGUGCUUUGCCGUAGCCUGGCAGGCAAUGCGGUGUACGUGUUGACUAUAACGGCACCGUCCACCAGCUUGGCUGAACGUAAAGCCAAACGGGCAGUUGUGGUGACAGCGCGGGUGCACCCGGGAGAGACCAAUGGCUCUUGGAUGAUGCAGGGGUUUUUGGAGUUCUUGUUGAGUGAUGUGCCCGAUGCCUGUCUGUUGAGGGAAACUUUUGUCUUUAAGGUUGUGCCCAUGCUGAACCCUGACGGUGUGGUGGUAGGAAACUACCGCUGCUCAUUGGCUGGCCGUGAUCUGAACCGAAACUACCGGACUCUGCUACGGGAUUCUUUUCCAUGCAUUUGGCACACUCGCAACAUGGUGAAACGGUUGCUCACCGAGAGAGAGGUUGUGGUCUAUUGCGACUUCCAUGGUCACAGCAGGAAAAACAAUGUGUUUAUGUACGGCUGUACCGAUCGCAAGGACACCUCGCAUUGUCUUCAUGAGCGCAUCUUCCCUCUGAUGAUGAGCAAAAAUGCUAAAGACAUGUUUUCUUUUAGAAGUUGCAAGUUCAAAAUGCACAAGAGCAAAGAGGGCACCGGUCGCAUCGUCAUGUGGAGACUAGGCAUCAGAAACAGCUAUACGAUGGAGUCUACCUUUGGAGGCUCAUCGUUAGGGGACAGAAAAGGCACACACUUCAGCACACGGGACCUGGAGUCAAUGGGCUACUGCUUCUGUGACACUUUACUAGACUUCUGUGACCCCGACCCAGCUAAGAUUACACACUGUCUGGAUGAGCUGGGGGUGUUAUUAAGACAAGAGGUCAGAAAGAAGCUCGGAAGAGAGGUUGACUCCUUAGAUGACCUCUCUGAUAUUGAUAUUGAGUCCAGCACAAGUGGAUCCAACAGCACAGAAUCAGACGGUCUUCCUGUUCAUCUUUUAAAUGCCACCAACCAGCAAAAACAAGAGAAGAAAAAAAACCUACGAAGCCGUAAAGAAAGGAACCGGCUUAGGCAGGAACGAGUUCGAAGUGCAGGACCCAAAGUUAUUCAAAGGACCGUCAAACAUUUGGCCCCCGUGCCCUCAAAUGAAGAUAUGGUUAAAGUGAGAAUCCAGGAGAAAACAUUGUGCACCAUGAAGGACAGUACCAAACAUAAGGUGCCAUGUAUGGUGAGGGCCAAUCAGACCAGCAGGUCUUGGAUACCUCAUCCCACCACACACAUAGGUGUUGUAGAUCAUGUGACUGAUUGGGGGGGCCGACUAGACAAGGUCGACAGGUCUUUUAGCCACUCUGUCUCAGAUGAUACUGGACGCAACACUACCUCAUCCGCUCCUCACCCGCAGGGGCAACCUCAGCGCCAAACCCUCUUAGCCACCAGUGGUCAAAAAAGACGUCCCUCUGUCCCAGCCUCAGGAGACAGGACUCCAUCUAUACCAGUCCAUCCGCACAACAUACCAUUCUACCCUGAUUUUAGACCACAACCAGAAAUAAAAGGAAGAGUGCAUGUCUCAAACGUUAUACAUAGAAGCCAACAGAAACUCAGGCAGGAGAGACAAGCAAAAGGAGUCCAUGUUCCUAUGACAUACUUCAUGCCACUAGACAACAUGGGAACAUUAAGAAUCAGUCACAAGACAGAUGCACAAGGUGCUAUGGGUGGUUUUGCAUCACCAGUUACUGCCACUGAAGCCAAGCAAACCAGUAAACAAGCUAUAAGAAAUGCCUCCUGUUUCCUCCCCGACCUGCACAGCCAAACUCAGCAGUUUGGUAACCAGGCUGCAACCGGAGGUCUGAUGUUAGGGAGACUGUCCAAAGGAAACAAAGCACUGAUUAUCAGAAGAGAUGCUGCUUCCACAGACAGCCUUAGUAGUGAGGACAAGUUGCCUCAGGAGCCCAUGCAAGUAGAGGACAAGUCGACAGAUGUUCUGCCUCAAAGAUGAAAAAAGUGGUCAGUUUUCUGGAUAAAAGCACGUGAGGAAUAUGAAAAGAUGUAAAACAAAGUGCCUUAUAUUUUAAUUGUCAUAUCAUUUGUGCAAUCCUGACCUGAACCACUAUUUUUAUUUGUUAAUGUAUUUAAUAA